AGUUCAUAAGAGCCCUCGCCUGGCUAGUCUCACUCUGACACUCUGUGACGAAAAACGUGUGGUCACAAUUGUUUGCAUGCUGCGAUCAUCAGCUCGUUCUGCUGCAUGAAAAACUCUUCGCAGCACCACUGCAGACUCUUAACUGGUCUGUGGGGUCACUGAUAGGAAGUGCAGCGCAACUUUUCACAAUCCCUUGGAUCUGGUGACUCCAAAUGCCCGACACAGGCUUUUAGGUUAGAAAGAAAGAACAGGAAACAUGUCUGGACCGCCACCACCGCCCCCUCCUGGCCCUCCUCCAACCUUUGCACUGGCAAACACAGAGAAGCCAAUUAUAAGCAGAGGUGAGCAGCAAGGGAGAAAUGCUUUACUGUCAGAUAUCAGCAAAGGAGCUCGACUGAAGAAAGCCGUCACCAAUGAUCGCAGCAGCCCAUUGCUGGACAAGCCCAAAGGAGGAGGCGGCGGAGGAGGAGGAGGUGGAGGUGGUGGAGGGUUUGGGGGCGGAGCUCCAGGUGGACUGGGUGGACUGUUUCAGGGGGGAAUGCCAAGACUGAAAUCAUCAGGAAACAGAGACAACACUGCAGUAAGACCACCGAUGCCUUCUACAACGGGGAGAUUCCCAGCACCCAGCAGCCCAGCAGGAAGCAGACCCCCGCUCCCCACCGCCGGACGACCUUCUCCUGGGAGGGCCGGACCCCCACCUGUCCCGCCCUCAUCACGCUCACCACAGCACAACUCUCCUAGUGGCCCUCCACGUCUACCUGGAGCUCGACCGUCAAGUUCCUCACCUUCUGUUCCCGCCCCUAACCAGCCGGGCAGACGUCCAAGCCUUCCUCGUCCCCAGAAGGAGUCUCAGUCUUCCUUCCCUCCACCCCCAAUGCCCGCAAGCGCCCGGCCGCCAUUACCCACAAUGCCUAGCAGGUCCUCAGAUGACUUCCCGCCCCCUCCACCACCCACCGGAGGAAGCAGAGCAUCAUUUUCUCGAGAUGGACCAUUACCACCACCACCACCUUCAACUGAGAAUAAACCAUUAAGUUCUCAGAGGCCUAUGGGUAAUCCACCUCCAUCCUUACCUCCAGGAAGAGGAGGAGGGGUCCCACCCAUCCCACCAUCCCCACGGGAUGAGCCCAACACUAGAGGCCCUUCAAGAAACAGCUUUCCCCCUCCACCACCGCCUGGACGCUCCAGCCCACUGCCACCACCACCCAGCGAGAGGCCGCCUCCAUCAGGAAGGAGCCCAUCCGUACGCUCAGGUCCUCUACCACCUCCACCCACUGGAGGAGCAGGCAGAGGAGUGUCUCCCCCCUUACCUCCUCCCAAUCGUCCCGGUGGAUCAGGCAGACCCUCUCUACCCCCAGACCCGUCCAGAGUGCCCAGCUUCCCCCCUCCACCCCCUGACACCAUCAAUGGCUUCCAGUGCCCUCCACCACCUGCCACAGAUGAGUGGGGGAUGAGGUUUUCCUUCCAUCCUCUGACUGAAUUACCUCUACCAGAGCCGUACGUCUCCUUCACCAAGUCUUACCCCAGCAAAUCCGGCGGCAAAGGAAUGGGAGACAGAGGAGCGCCACCCUUGCCACCGAUUCCCAGAUAAAACGCUUUGACAGUAUUUAGUGUGAGCUGGAUGUUCAACUGCUGAAUGAGCCUCAGAAACUCAUUUGUGAAAACAUGAAUGUUUUAAACUUUUCAGUUAUAUAUUUUUAAAAUCACUUUUUCAUGCAUUUUAAUCUUUUCGGGGAGAAUUUGAAAUCAUAGUAAAAAUGUAUGUCCAUGGCGAUUAAAGUGCGUUCUGUCAUCAGCUGAGAAAGUUUGUUUUAAUCAUUUACAUAGAUGCUAUUCUACACAUCCCCCUAUCCUGCAAAUUAUAUUUAGAUUUAUUAAUGUCACAGACACAUGUACAGUAGGUAUAUAAUAUAAUUUAUAAUAUAUUAAAGAUAUUUAAAUCAAGAAAGUGUAGGGUGUUUUCAAUGUUUUUCAGGACAAGGACCCCUUAAGUGAUAGACCCCCGAUACAGAAUAUGUCAAGCAGAUCUAUAAUAUAAACUAUUAUGAUUAAGAAUAAAUUAUAUGUAUAUUGUUAAGACAGUAGAUCAGAACUUUGCACAUUAUUGUUGUUGCACAUGCAUCACUGCCUGUAUAUUAUGCCUGUCUUUUCAUUGUUAAAUUUGAGAUGUAUGCAUCAUAACAAGCACGUUGAGAUAAAAAUCACAAUGCAUUA